ACGUGCUUUGUGUGGUGCAUGUUUACAACUUGUUUACACAAGCGCAAGGACGUGGAGCUAACUUUGCUCUGCUGUUUUGAGGGAUUCGAUCGUCAAGCUACACCUGCCUCUUUCUACGACCACAUCCUAUCCAUCCACCGAUACAUUGCUCCAUGCCUUCGCUACCUUCGCUGACACUUCGUCAUCUUAGCUAAGAUCAAAGUGUAGCAACAACGCAACAACUUCGUCUAAGUGUGACCGAAGGAGCACGCGACAUCUGGCGACAUACCAAGAUAAGUCGAAGAAGAAAACGAUCGGGAGAAGCAUGACGUCGACCGAUCAGCCGGACGUCGUGAAAAACGCGAACACGAAGUCUCCCACUGAGAUCAAGCCAUUCAAUCCCGACCAGUUUAGGUUCGGCACGCGAAUGAAGAUCAUUCCUAUGAACGAUCAAAUCAAGGAGCUGCAAACAAUCAUUCGCGAUAGGAAUACCACAAGGAGCGAGUUCGUGUUUUACGCCGACAGACUGAUUCGCAUUGUAGUCGAAGAAGGGCUUAACCAGCUGUCGUACUCUGAAUGUCAAGUUACUACGCCGACAGGAUCAAUCUACCAAGGAAUCAAGUUUCUCAGAGGAAGCUGUGGCGUGAGCAUCGUGCGAAGUGGUGAAGCCAUGGAGCAAGGCCUCAGGGACUGUUGCCGUUCUAUCCGCAUUGGAAAAAUCCUGAUACAGAGUGAUGAAGAAACACACGAAGCCAGCGUCGUGUAUGCCAAGUUUCCAGUCGAUGUACACAGCCGAAAGGUGCUGCUGAUGUACCCAAUCAUGAGUACUGGAAACACUGUGAACAAAGCUGUUGAGGUUCUGAAGGACCACGGAGUGCAGGAGGAAAACAUCUUUUUGUUGAACCUGUUCUGCACACCUCAUGCAGCCAAGUCGGUGAUGAAGGCAUUCCCAACCAUGACAGUCCUCACAUCAGAACUUCAUCCCGUUGCUCCCAACCACUUUGGCCAGAAGUACUUCGGAACUGAUUGAUGACGAAACCACUACGUGUUAAUUUUUAUCGCCUUUUAGCGCAUGCCUCAAAUAGGUGGACUGUUUUAAAAUG